AGUUCCUGUGAAGACAGUCCUAAAAAUACUGUUCAGUAUUUUAACGAUCACGGCUCAUCUGUGAAGACGUACUAUAAGACACAGCAAACAAUGGAUAUAGAGGAUAUUUAUCAAAAUGUUGAUCGCAGAAAUAUUAAGAACUCAACUGGACACCAAACUCAGAGUCACGACCAGGAUGAAAGAAAAGAUCUAAAACACAGAGGAAGUAGAUGUUUGGUGUUGAUCACAGCGAGUCUCGGGAUCAUUUGUGUUCUUCUGCUGGUCUUCAUCAUUCUGCUGAACAUCUCCAUCACAGCAGAGAGAGACCUGAUAAAGAGUUACAAGAACACGGCUGAAGAGCUCAAUCAAACCAUCAACGUCUUACAGGACAAUAACACUGAACUAAUGACUGAAAAACACCAGCUGCAGGACAACUUCAGCUCUUUGAGUCAGAAGAAACUGGAGCAGGAGACCAGAGUCAAAGAUCUCACUGCUGAGAAAAAACAGUUACAGGGAAGUCUUGACUCUUUGAGUCAGAAGAAGCAGGAGUUAGAAAGUAAAGUCAGGUCUCUGAGUGAUGAACUAAACAUGGACGCUUCUAAACGAGUUUGUUUUUUCAUGCCCAAUGAGGAGAAGAGCUGGUCUGAGAGCAGACAGUACUGCAGGGAUCGUGGAGCUGAUCUGGUCAUCAUCAACACUGAAGAGAAGCAGAGAUUCAUAUCUUCAUUCAUCAAGGAGAGAGUGUGGAUCGGUUUGUCUGACACAGAGCAGGAAGGCAACAUGAAAUGGGUGGAUAAUACAGCAAUGAAGCAAGGGUUUUGGCUUAAAGGUGAGCCAAAUAAUCAAGAUGGAAAUGAGGACUGUAUUGAACUGAUACCUUCACAUCCCGUCCUGAACAACUGGAAUGAUCUGCCAUGUUCACAAAAGAAAAAAGUGUUUUGUGAGAAAUAGCAUAUCAACCCUUUUUGUGGUUUUGGUGUGAAGUUGAUAUUCAUUUACAAGGAAAAUAUAAAUUUGCCUUUUUAGAUACAAUUAGGCAAAGGUUGAUAUAAAUCGAUUUCAAUGCAAUUUCGGUGUUUAAAAUACAGGACCAUCUCAACGUCUAGCUGAAGAACCACUUUUCCACAAACACCAGAGUCGAAGCAAAAUGUGUCUUUCUGCAGCUUUGUUUUUGUUUUCUGUAGUUUCUGUAAAAUCUGUACUUUUAUAAAAAAAAAGAUCCAGGUGGAAAUGAGGACUGUAUUAAACUGAUGCUUUGAGAUCCUGUCUUGAACAGAUCUGCCUCGCUCAGAAAAGAGAAGCAGGUUUGAUCCUGUCUUUUGUUUUUAAUUGAAGUGUUGCAUGAAAUGAUUUGUGAUUGGUUAUGUUUUUGAUUGAGGUCUCUUAAAUACCGCAUUUUUAUGACACUUUUAAGGCACAAUAGUCUUUUUAAUGAAUUUUUUCUAGUCUGCAUUAUUUAUAUGCUUUAUUUAGAACCUGAGGAUGACUUGGUAAACCGUACAUUGUCACAAUCCUGUUUAUUGUCUUUAUUUUUAUAAAAAAAAACAGUUUUGCUUUCUAUUCUGUCUUUAUGGUGAUGACAGGUGCUUUUGUCCAUAUUAUGAAUUUCCUGGAACAUCUUAAGUAAAGUUUUAUGAAUCUGUUUUGGUCUUUUAGCCCGAGAGCACCCUCCAGCUUUGAGUAUGAAUGACACACACACUGCACGAGAGUGUUUAGCAAUCUAGAUAUUCACCCCGGCCUCUGAAAGCCUUUAUGUGAACAAACUUGCCCCCCAAAAAAUGUAUCUGCAUGAUGCCUUACUUAAUAUCCGGUGACUUUAAAGGUGUGACUUGAGAUGACUUGACUUGUGUUGGAAAGUUAAUGGGAUUGAAAUGUACUGUGAAAAUUUCAUGAGCAUUACGCAGUGUUUAUUAUCAAAUUAACAGUAACUCGGUGUGAAAUUGCCAUAAAACUAAGCGUACUAUAAGUGUACCAGUGUUUGUAAAAACAAAGUAUAUCAUUAUAAUUGUCACCAAGCCAGCAGAGGGAGCCCUUACCUCUAAGUGAUCUGUGUUCACUUCCUCUGCUGCUACUUCCUCGUCCAGGACUAUAAAGACUGUAGCAGGCCCCUCACCUGCUGGUUACAUUGUUCUAUUGUUAGCUUGUCGUUGGAUUGUCGUUUCUAGUUUUCCUUGUGUCUCCCGAGUCAUAGAUUCUUUGGUUUUGACCCUGCCUGUCUCUGAUACUGUGAUUGUUUGCUGCCUGACCCGACCUCUGCCUGUUUUUGGGUUCUGUUGUUGCCUUGCCUCUUAUACUCCUGUUUGCUGUGAUUCGACGCCUGCCUGCUUUGACCAUGCCUUUGUUCAAUAAAAGCCAGCUUCUCAAACUGCUUUGCAACUAUUGACUUAUUCAGGUUUCAUCUUUGACU